AUGCAAGUGUUUUACAUAACGUAUGGGAUCGGGAUCGGAAUCGGGCGCGGUUUAUAUGGACCAUCACGAUUAAUGCGUCCAGUACCACCACAAUUACAUGGAGCCGCAAAACAUUCACAGGUUGCUUCUGAAGUCGAUUCGAUAAAGUUGAAUGCGAAAAUGGUAAAUAAAAGUGCGAGAGUGAAAAGGUUAAUGAACCUGAAUACUGCUUUAGCUGUUGCCAUGUUUAGUUCGUUUG